UGAUUCAUGGAAGAUUGGUUGACCAUGAGGUUAGUAUGGGAUUAAUUCCCUUACUAUUCUUUUUAUAUAGAUCAAUGGAGAAAUGUGAAACGUGCAGGGAACAUCGCAGUACUCCAUCAAUCUUCCUUGUUAUAUUAGUCAUUAGCAGUACAAGGUCAGAAAAGAGCGCUUAAGACGAAUUCUUCCACCAAGAAACGCAGAAGGAUUCUUCCUUAGACUUGCCGGGAAAGAAAGAAAUCUUCCACUAUUUAUAGCUCACAACCUUUGCCAUCCUCAUCCAAUCCUUCUUUCUUCUUCUUCUUCUCCUCCGUGAAGGAUCACAGUAUGGGGCAUCACAAACCUGUCAUCAUCUUCAGCUUUCUUACCAUCUUUUUCUUGCAGUCGGUGCUGGUGGCCUCUCAAGAAGUUGAGGACGAGAAGGAGUUCAGCUACGAGAAGGGGAGCGAGACGGGACCAGAACACUGGGGCGAGAUCCACAAGGACUGGGCUGCCUGUGGCAAGGGUCACAUGCAGUCCCCCAUCGAUCUCACCCACAAAAGAGUGCAGAUCCUCCCCCAUUUAGGUCGUCUUCGCCGCUCCUAUCACCCGGCCGAAGCCAUCCUCAAGAAUCGCGGUCAUGAUAUCAUGCUCAAAUGGGAAGAAGAAGCUGGAGGCUUAUGGAUCAACGGGACGGAGUACGCUCUCAAGCAGCUGCACUGGCACUCGCCCUCCGAGCACACCGUCGAUGGCCGCAGGUUCUCCCUGGAGAUGCACAUGGUUCACGAGAGCACCGACAACAAGACCGCGGUCGUCGGCAUUCUUUACACGAUUGGCCGCCAUGAUCCCUUCCUCGCCAAGCUGGAGAGGUACAUCGAGAAGAUUGCAGACAAGCACGAGGCCGAGGAGGCGGUGGGCAUGGUGGAUCCGAGGCACAUCAAGAGGGGAAGCAGGAAGUACUACAGAUACAUGGGGUCCUUGACCACUCCACCUUGCACUGAGGGCGUCGUUUGGACCAUCGUAAAGAAGGUGCGCACGGUGACAAGGAAGCAGGUGGCUCUUCUGAGGGAAGCUGUGCAUGAUGACUCAGAGAUGAAUGCGAGACCCACCCAGAAGAUUAAUGACAGGAUGAUAGGCUUAUAUCGGCCUCGACCACAUCAACAAUGAUGCUGGAACAUGUCUUAUAAUUUAUUUUUUGAUGCUACACCUCUUGAAAUAAGAACAAGUCUUGAUUAGUUUGGAAGAUUACCUAAACGAUCGGCUAUUCUAUUAAUUAUUUGUUUGAUGACCUCUUCAAGAAAAAUUGCUGUGCGAACAAAGCUGUAGUCAACUUUGGGGACAUCAAUCAAGGAAUAAAGGUUUCCAUUUUGCAGUC